AUGUCAGGAUCUUCUACACAUCGCAGCACAAGUGGAAUCCCACAGCCUCCUCUCGCUUCCUACGGGAUCUUGAAAACAGCGAUCGGCGGCGACAAAUUUGACAAACUCAGCCAACAGGAGCUGAGCGAUCGAGUCUAUGACGGACUGCUUUUGAAGUUGAACGAGGGACAGGGCGAGCAACAUCAGAUUGUCUCACUCGCGAUCGCUGGUUUGUGCUUACAGGGACAACACCAUACACACAAGUAUUGGGUUGACCGACGCCUGAACAAGAGCUGCUGGAUUGUUCUGGCUCCUGCCUUAUCGAUCGAUUCGGUUAACGAUUCCAACAACUGGACCUGGAAAGAAGAGCAGGAAGAAUGCUAUGGGGGCAACGGGAUUGUUCGCAUCGCCAAGAUAAAGAGAGUUUCCUGGGUAGCGAUCAGUGGGACAUGCAAAACGACCACGCUCUCUCCGAAGACAGCAUACCAAGUCGAGAUCAUCGUGAAGAUGAGUGAGGAAAGCGACGGAUGGGAAGCUCCGGUGAACCUCAGUCUCUCUCUACCGGAUGGACACAAGCAGGAACGCGUGGAAUACUUAAAGAGAAAGAGAAGGGAUUCGGAACCGGAGCCCUGGCAAGAGAUUACAAUCGGCACGUUCGAGACAACGCCCAGAACCGUGGGUGAGAUAAGCUUUUCCCUCAAGCAAACUGGUGGGCAUUGGAAGUCCGGCCUCCUCGUCAAAGGCGUUCAAUUAAGGCCACUCGCUUGACACGUCAUCACUCCAUUCUGCUUCUGCUUCUGCUUCUGCUUCUGCUUCCUGGAGCUUGUCCAACUUUGACGCAGAAUCCCAUUUCCAGCCGCUUCAGAUCUAGCCAUGACUGGCUCCUCCAUGGCCGCGCUUGGCUGAGUUGGGGCUCUAAAUGUUUGCACUGAUUUCCUGUCUCUGUGUGCUUGAGUAUCUUGGCAAUGGUGUUUUUCGUAUUUCGUAUCCAUUGGCC